AUGAAGCUGGUCGCGGAGACGUGCGCGAUAGGAGGCAGCUACAUUCUCAUCAGCGCCAGCCUCAUAGCCUUCAACAAGUACCUGAUGAAUGCUGAGCGUUUUCCUCAUCCGAAAGCUAUGACGGCAAUGCACAUGCUAAUGACCACAGUCAUGUCGCUGCUGCUCUACACAGUUGCGCCCAACCUGUACCCAACAAUGGGCAAAGCACGCGAGAACUUGGCAAGCCUGUUGAAGUACAUUGUGCCGCUGGGAAUGUUGUUCGCCCUGGCUCUGUACUGCUCCAACCGUGCCUACCUCUAUUCUAGUGUUGCAUUCCUGCAGUUCUGCAAGGAGGGCAACGUCGCGCUGAUCUUUGCGAUGUCUUGCGUGCUGGGCCUCCAGGCCUUCAGCUGGACGAAGGUUGCGAUCCUGACCAUUGUGGUAGCCGGAUGUUCGCUAUGCGCCCACGGAGAAAUUAACUUUGUGUGGAUGGGCUUCAUGCUGCAGAUCACCUCGCAGUUCGCAGAGUGCUCGAAGAACCUUAUCGGUGAGGUGCUGAUGACUGGAGCAGGUAUGAAGCUGGAUGUGCUGACUUUCGUUAUGUUCCAGGCACCAUGCUCUUUGGUGCCGCUUGUGAUCAGCGUCGUGCUGUCUUGGGAGUCGGCAGUGUGGACAGACUUCCUGGCUCACUGGCCCAUGAUCAUCCUGAACGCCCUCAAUGCCUUCGCACUGAACCUCAUCAUUGCCACGGCUCUGAAAAGGCUGUCUGCUGUUGCCUUCGUGAUCAUCGGAAUUGUGAAGGAUUCUGUGAUUGUGGCCACUUCCUCGCUAGUGUUCGGUGACCACAUCUCCACACAGCAGCAGAUUGGCUUCGCCGUGAUUAUGACGGGCAUUGCCCUAUGGGGCAACCUGAAGAUCCGGGAGCAGGCCGAGAAGGACAAGCUCAGGGAGACCGAGCCCCUCACCAAGGAGCCUGCCCGAGUCUAA